UAUCCAAGCGUGUGCCGCGGCUUCGCUUGUGCGUGUUGGGCUGCGGUGGUGCGUUGGGCGCGCUGGCGCGCGCGUGUGUUUGUGUGCGUCGUUCCUUGCCAUUCUGCGUGCCGCCGUGUGUGUGAUCUCGCUGCAGUCUGGAGAAUAUUUUUGGGACCCGUGGAUUUUAUCGGCCGGGAUGUCUUGAGAACCAAGAGAAAGUCACCGAGCCCUUUUUCGCGGCUGGAUCGACGUCGGCAUUGGAAUAGCGUCGAUCGAGUUUUGCACAGGUUCCGGCGUAGCCUCAGCAGGCGCGACACCACCCGAAGCAGCCCUGGCGUGGUCAUGAAGGCGGUCGCCAUGGACUCAGUCGAUGACACCGUGACCAGGGACGACCAGCUGGUUCCGCUGCAGAUCUUCGUGCCGGAGCUCGUGCUACAGAAAUGUUUUCACGUACAACGCGAGGAGUUGAUAUGGGACAUCAAGCAGCACAUCAUCUCAUCACUGCCUAAAGAAUUGAAAGAAGGCUUCAACUACGGUCUCUACUGCCCGCCUGUGAACGGAAAAGCUGGCAAAUUUCUGGACGAAGAGCGGCCGAUUGCCGACUACCCGCUCACAGACGCAGUAGCCUACUUGGAGUUACGCUACAAGCGCCGAGUGUACAAGAUGAUCAACGUGGAGGAGAAACAGAUCAAGCAGCUGCACACCCGGGCCAACCUGCGGCGGAUGUUAGACCACGUCAGCAACUCGAACGUGGAGAAAGUCACCAAGCUCUGUUCCAGGGGACUGGACCCAAACUUCCACUGCCCGGACACGGGAGAGACUCCGCUGACGCUGGCCGCGGGUCUGAAGGGCCCGACCAAAGUGAUCAUUGCCCUGGUGAACGGCGGCGCCCUGCUGGACUUCCGCACCAAGGACGGCCGCACCGCACUGCAUCGGGCCGUGGAGCGCAACAACCUGGAGGCCCUGCGCACGCUGCUCGACCUCGGGGCGUCGCCCAACUACAAAGACGCCCGGGGACUGACGCCGCUCUACUACACCGUCCUGUGGAACGCCGACCCUCAGCUCACCGAGCUCCUGCUGCACGACCACGCGCAACCGGGCAUCGCCGAUCCACAGGGCUGGCAAGAGGUGCACCAGGCGUGCAAGCACGGCCUGGUCCAGCACCUGGAGCAGCUUCUGUUCUACGGGGCGGACAUGAACGCGCGCAACGCGAGCGGCAACACACCGCUGCACGUGUGCGCCGUCAACGACCGGGAGAGCUGCGCAAGGGUGCUGUUGUUCCGGGGGGCCGACCCGGCCGCCCUCAACUACGCCAACCAGAACCCUUACCAGGUCGCCGUCAUCGCCGGGAACCUGGCCCUCGCAGACGUCAUCCGAAACCACAAGCCAGAGGACGUCGUACCGUACCGCGAACCGCCGCAGUACAACCCUCGGCGAAGGGCGAGCAGCGCGGCCCUGAGCCGCACCCACAGUGACCCGAGGCUCGAGCUUGUGGUUUUGGGCGCCAAGCCUCCGUCCCCGUGCCCGUCGAAUCGGUCCCUGCCUCCGUUCUCGUCCGCGUCCACCGUGUCCGAGGCCUCGUCCAUGGCGUCUUCGUCUUCGGCUGCUACGGCCGCGGCGCACGCCAACGCGGAGGACAGCGAGGGAAGCUGUGGCACGGCGGCUAGUUCCACCACCGAAAAAAGUGCGGCCAGCGACUCUUCCGGCGUCUGUACGAGCAACAGUGCGGCCAGCUGUGACUCUGGUACCGAGAGUUCGGACACCCCAGAUGUGAUCACAGUGGGCACCACUUGCGUCUGCGUCACCGAAUACCAGAGCCCCCUGACGGGUCAUCUGGCGCUCAAUUGCGGCGACAUCGUUCAAGUCACCGAAGUCACCGAUACGGGCAUGCUGGAGGGACGGACACGGGACGGCCGCCAGGGAAUGUUCCCGAGUGCCGCCAUCCAAGAGGUCAAGCUCAGGGGUCCGUCCACACAGGGACGUGUGAAGGGAAGAAGGGAGACGCAGGCCUCGGGGGCUACGACACUCCCACGCCGCUGGAGAAUGUAUGGCGACCCCCGCACGGUUGUGCUACACAAAAGCAAGAAAGGGUUCGGAUUUGUCUUACGGGGAGCCAAAGCCACGAGUCCGCUGAUGGAGCGGCAACCGACUGAAAAUUGGCCUAGUUUGCAGUAUUUAGACGACGUUGACAAAGGCGGAGUUGCUGACCUUGCCGGGCUCAAAAAGGGAGAUUUCUUGCUUGAGAUCAACGGCCAUGACGUGUCUCAGGCUUCGCACGAGCACGUGGUCACAAUCAUCCGACAGUCAGGUGACUUGGUCGCCAUGACGGUGGUCUCGGUGCGCGGCGGCAUUCCUGGCGUCACGGGGCCUGCCCAGGCGUCUGGUGUCGGGAUGUCGUCGUCGGACAUGGGCGCAGGCUCAGCCUCGUCAGCCUCAUCGGCGGGGCCCGCAACGGCUGCCGUGUCGUCGGGCGGCGGCGGCUACCGGCAGUGCGCCACGCUGCCGCGCAAACUGUCGGCCAAGAAGGCUCCAGCCCCUCCCAAGAGAGACCCCCGCACCACCCUCUCCGUGGGAAGGGCUAGAGCGAAGUCCAUGGUGGCUGGACUCACCGAAAUCGAGGUCCUUGACCGCACACUGAACGAGUACGACUCCGAGGGACGCUCGACCAAGAGUAGCUCCAUCGAAAGCAUUCCGAAGCAGAACGGUGGGCUCGUCCCCGGACUGACAGCCCCCGACGCAACGACGACCGCCUCUACGGCUCCGGAACCACCCAAGACCGCGUCCAUCCGCAGCCGACCAGGUCGCAUGACCGCCGCCGAACUUGAGGCAUUCCUCACGCGGCAGAGUCAGGACCGCAAACCGCGAGUCUUCGGUAGCGUCGCAGCCAUGAAGCGGGCAGCUCGAGGUACCACCCCAAGUCUCAAGGACUUCAACAGCGAGCCAGACCUGAACGUGACAGAGGCGGACCUGUCCCGGCGGCGCAGCCGGAGUCAGGAGGACCUCGCCCCUUACGGCGACGCGUGGAAGACCAUCGAGGACGUCUGGAAGAAGUCGUCGCGAAUCUACGCGGAAACCACGAAGCCCGUCGCCGAGAAAACUAGUCAGAGCUCCCGGAAGCCGCCUCCCAGCCACCCUCCCCCGCCGCCACCCGUCGGGCACGUCCUCAAGGUCGACGUCUCCAACGCUGUUGGGGACUACGCGAACGUAGACGGACUCCCGGAUUCAAAAGUCAUGUCCAGUUUCAGACCAGGAGAUAGCGCGAAACUCUACGCGUCUCCAGAGUCCUUAACGAACGUUGCUUAUAAGUCCAGCGCGGAUGCUCGCGGCGCACGGUCGGGUAGAACCCCGACCUCCGGGUCGGGGACGCGGUCUCAGUCCUUGCCGCCCAGAAUCCAGAACAACAGGGAGCCCUCAGAGACAAGAGACAACGUGGUCUACUCGACGUUCAGGGUGGUUCAACCAACUCCGGACACGGGAACGUUACGAGGCGCCAAGUGUAAGAAAGUCCGGGGUCCGGCUUCGGUGCAGGAAGAAGUGGCUCCGGAGAAGCCGCCGUACAUUCCAGAACCGGACUACGACAGUUCGGAGGACGAGAAAGACACCUCGAAGCGUCAGAAGUCCGGAGACAUGGGAACUUUCAAGGCUUCCGGACCUCUUAAGCCGGAAGAGAUGCGCCAGAUUGCUGACAAGGUUCAGCAGAGAACUUUGAGCCAUCGGCAAGAACAGGAGCAGAAGUUGAUGAUGGCCGCGAAGAGUAGCACGCUGGAACACAAGCCCCGAACACAGGAGACCAUCGUCCACAUCAAGAGAGACCCUGUGGAGACAGAGAAGCUGGUCCUGGAGGUAUCCUCAGGCUCCGUCAAGGAGAACAUCAACGUGUUUGAGAAGAGGAGUGGUGGCACGUCCAAGACGUCCUCCUUGAAGCCUACCUGCCUCAGGGACCAGGAAGAGCCGGAGAACAGUUCCAGCGGCGUGUCGUCUGACGUCGAGGUGGAACGGCAGGAACUGCGGUCCUACGACCAGGCGACCCUGUCCAAGCGACUGAGCGCUUACUACCUCCAAAGACGGCAGUCCGCCGAGAACCUGGUUCCCCCCAGCGCUGCGCCUGUGGUGUCGACUCUGGAAUCGCUCAACCAGAGGAACACAUACGCUCGCCAGCCGGCAAUGGCGUCGUCCCCGUCUCCGGCCAUGGGACAAGCUCCGGUCCGGAGACAACCCGCCGACAAGGCCAUCGUGGGCGGCAUCCCCAAGAAGACGCUCAAGAUCCGGCUGGAUCAGAAGGUUCACGCGACGAGGAGGGCCGAAGGUGCGCGCGCAGCCGACGCGGACUGUUCGAACCUCAAACGCAGCAUCGACGAAAGCUUGCAGUUCAUCCGGCUGCAGGUCGACUCGCUCGGCCUGUCGUCCGUCAGCGAAGUGGACGUCCUCUCCGACCUUGUACCUCCGCCUCCCGAAUUCUCGCACGGAGUCCGGCCUCAACAGGUCGAGCCCAUAGCCCCGCCGCCGCCGGAGUUCUCCGACGAGUACCGCAAGUUUGAUCCGCGGCACCCGGCCGUGUACCACCUGAACCAGCACCCUUCCUACUGCCGGUACAACGGGUCGCCGCAGCAUCACGCUGCCACCCUCCGCCCGGCCCCGACCCAUCACCAUCGACCGGUACAUGACGUGUACCGCCCAGGGUAUGGUACCUUGGGCCGCAAGACGGAUCCUCAGGUUCUGGUGGUACCCAUCGAGCGGCAGGCUGGGGAUCUGGCCCGUUUGAAGUCGGUCCAGCGAGAAUUCAGGCAGAAGCCGCUGAUUGAAUGGAGCGCGAGGGAUGUGAGCGACUGGCUCGAGUCGCUCUUCUUGCAAGAGUACAGACCGCGUUUCAUCGAGGCUGGGAUAACCGGGGUCAAGCUGGCCAACAUGGACUCCAACGAUUUCAUGGGGCUAGGCGUGAAGCAGGUAGGGCAUAGGAUUAACAUGGAGCGGUCGCUGAGGCGCUACAUGAAGUGAGUUCGGGGGAGGCCAUGCCCGUACCUGGCAGAUAACCAAGCUCAGGAGUUGAGAUGCCAACCCUGCCACUAUACUAGGUCGCGAGCUAAUUUAUUUGCUUUAGAUGCAUCUGCGUACAACCAGGCGUACAGUGACCGGUAUCUGCUCUUAUCUGCCAUACAUGUCUGUACAUAGGUGUGUUGUUAAAUUAACGGCGGUAGCUGCUGUACCUAGGUUAACUUUGGAGUUGUGUCAGCCUGGCUUGUAUCAUGGUGAUGUGCAAUUUGUGUUUUGGUGAAGUAGAUUGUGUUUACUAUGUUGUCUGGCUCGUCGUGUCAGCGGAGGGAAGUGUGAUAGUUGACAAUAUGUCCUGUCAUAAAGUACAAUCGACUACUGUACCUUUAGUUUUACGAUGUUUUAUCUUGCAAAGCGUUGUACACGCAUAGUGUUUGCGGGUAUCCAAAUGAAUAUUGAACUGUGUGUACGCGUAGCUUUUUUGUUAUGUAUAGCUUUCUUUUUUAAUGCAAUUUUUUAACUUAACUUUUAGAACAUUGUUUCUUCAAUUAAGCGCGACAUAGUCAUUUCUUCAAGCAUUCCAAAAACUUAUUUUAUUGCUCUGGUUCUCACGUAUUAAGGAGCACGUUAAAAACAAAAUGUAGCAAAAAUGGCAAGAACAUGAUCUGCUCAUAACACUGUCUACAAUGAACGUGCAGUUAACAUGAAAAAAGAACGACCACUUCUUUGCUUGCCGGUUUAGGCUAUGUUUGUAGAUUGAUUAUCUGUUUGCUUUAACAGGGCGGUCUAUAUGUACAUCAUUAGAGGUAGUUUUACGGACGUAAGAGAAUGUAUAUUUUAAACGCGGAAGCUGCUUUGGCUGUUUUGUUGCAGAAUGAUACCAAGCUGAACUAAUACUUUUCAAGAUCGCAUUUAUCCUAUACGAGGUUAGCGAUUGUGACUAUUCGCUUCAAGGUUAACGACCAGCAUAGAGUACCACCCGCGUUUCAUGUGUUUGAAUGUUAGUUUCAAGGCUGAUACUGCUGCUUCUAGAACCUUCACAAAAGUACAAGCCGCGGACUAAAAAAAAAAAAAAGAAAGAAAAAAAGACUGAUGUCAACAAUGCUCAACGUACUUCGCUAAGGAUGAUGACGGUAGUUUUUGCAAAGUAAGACAGCGAUUUUGCUGUCUGUGGUCAGGUGUCGCGAUAUAGCUUUCCGGUAACAACCGGAGAUGCAAAUGGAAACGUGACGCACGCAAUUAAUUCGUCACGUAAUGUUUUUCCGAUUUGAUUCAGACGAUCAGCGUUUAGUUCCUUGACUGAUUUUUCUGCAAGUGUCCGGCGUUUUUUUUUUUUUUUUUUUGACAAGAUUUAUUCCAAGUAAACCACGUGCUACUAUGAGUAGCGUUCGGCAGAUUCGAGCCUGUCACCUCGCUAGCUAUUCCGGCGACGUGGUGUUAGUAACUAGUUUAAAUAUCGCAGUGAUGUUUUGUAACAUUUCAUUCACUCUAGAAGACGCUUAGAAAAUCGCCAUUUGAAGUUGCCGAGAGAAGUCACGUGUACAAAACAACGCCGGGCACAAAAUAUUGAGAUCCUCUGUCUUUACACAAUGUUCUUUAAAGUUGUAUGCAGAUAAAACUAAUGGAAAAAAAUUGAGUUACAAUAAAAGCUUAACAUGAACAGGGGACGCUGGACAUAGCUCGAAGUAUAGAAAUCUAUGUGUGCGAACGCUUUCGAAGCAAUUUUAACGAGCUGGUUUUAUAUAGUCAUUUUUUCCGGGGUUCUUCCUCUCUACAUAGUGGGUGAAAUAUUUCGUACUUUAUGAGAGUUAUCUAUAUCCUAAUAUAUUAUCAUUCGAGGCAUCUGUAAUGUACAUAUAUCGAAGAACCGAGUAUCCUUACUUGAAGUUUUUAGCUUGCCUUGUUGUAAAACGUAUGUUUCUCUUAUUUAAAUAUCUGUUUAUAAAAGCCAAGUUGCUCCCUUACUGAAAUAUUACUUUCACCUUUGUAAAUGAUAUUUUCUCUCGCAUAAUACCACUGACCAGAAAAAGAAGUUAUGUGUGUUUUGGAGUCACGUGCACUUUUUUUAAUCGUUAUUUGCUCGUACGUUUAGAAAUGUUCAAUGUAGCUUGAAAGUGGCGAAGUUGGGAAGACGUUUAUUUUAGCCUCAGAAAACUACGCUUCUACAACCCGUCAUUCCGGUCUGUUAUGCACAUAAACUGCUUAUUUCAUUUUUGAUUUGUGCGCUUGUACAUACAGAGAAGCUAGCAAGGGUUCUGCCAGAAAACGUCUACAUGAUAUUUCCUUUCGUGUGUGGGUCUACAAUGACAUUGUACAUAUUACUCAGUGCGUGCACGUGUAUAUGUAAGAUGUACACAUAUUACUAUAAAGUCAAAUUUAAAAUAAA